GGCAUCCCAGUUUCCAGACCCUCGCUGUGUGGUGCCGAGCUUCGUUUUGAAGUUUUAUAUAAAAAUAUUAAAAUUUGUACAUUUUUACUUUGGAAAAUUGUUAUUAAUGGCAAUAAAGAGAUUUCUUCAUUGUGAUUGUUCAAAGUGGUGGGCUUAAAAAUUCAUGUUUCGGUGGAAAUCAUAUUGAUUAUUGGUUUGCAGUAGCAGGAGUGGUUGAGUUAUUUUGUUGUCAGUCAAGCAUUUGACAUCAUAAUUUUAUCAAUACUUUAAUCAAAAAAGGACCAGUCAAGCUUGUGAACUCAAAGGGAAGAUGCCAUUAUUUAGCUCAGCUAAGAAAAGUCCAGUGGAACUUGUGAGGUCACUUCAUGAAGCACUAAGUACUAUUUCAAAGGAACAAUCUGGGAAAAAGAAUGAGAAAGCUUUAGAAGAUAUUGGCAAAUAUCUAGCAGCAAUGAAGGGAAUGUUAUAUGGAACUGGGGAACAAGAACCUCAAACAGAACUUGUUGCCCAGCUGUCCCAGGAGUUCUAUAAUAACAACACCAUUCAAGCAUUGUUGGAAAAUCUGAAAAAAAUGGACUUUGAAGCAAAGAAAGAUGUUGCUCAAAUAUUCAACAAUGUUUUGCGACGUCAAAUAGGAGUUCGCUCACCAACUGUCGAAUAUAUCCAUUCAAAACCAGAAAUACUCAUUGUUCUUGUCAAAGGCUAUAACAAUCCAGAUAUCGCAUUAAAUUGUGGAGUCAUGCUUCGUGAGUGUAUUCGCUACGAAUUGCUGGCCAAAUAUAUUUUAACUCAUGAAGAUUUUUAUGAUUUCUUUGAAUAUGUUGAGCUUUCAACAUUUGACAUCGCUUCGGAUGCGUUUGCUUCAUUUAAGGAACUUUUGACGAGACACAAAAUGAUUUGUGCUUCAUUCCUUGAUGAACAAUACGACAAGUUUUUCGAAUGUUAUCGCAAGUUGUUGUUUUCUGAGAAUUAUGUUACUAAACGACAGUCAAUUAAGUUACUUGGUGAACUUCUAUUGGAUCGACACAAUUUCACUGUCAUGACUCGCUAUAUUAGCAAUCAAGAGAAUCUCAAAUUAAUGAUGAACAUGUUACGAGAUAAAAGUAGAAAUAUCCAGUUUGAAGCUUUUCAUGUGUUCAAGAUCUUUGUAGCGAAUCCGAACAAGACGCAACCUAUACGAGAUAUUCUUAUAAAAAAUAAGGAAAAACUUGUAGAAUUUUUGGAGAAUUUCCACACGGAUAGAACAGAAGAUGAACAAUUUACAGAUGAAAAAACUUACCUCAUAAAACAAAUUAAGGAAUUAUCAUAAUUACCAAGUGCAUGCUUUCUUAUAUAUAAAGUUAGUUCACAACUGUAAAUUUUCAUUAAUAAUAUAACAUCUGCCUUAAUUGCACUGUAAAAUGACCUCUCUUUCUCUAUAACAAUGAGGAAAACUGACUGUCAACUAUGUUUUACUGACUGGUGACAAAAUGAGGAAAGGUUAAUUUGUUACUAAGUAUGAAUCAUAGAGGAUUGCAUAAAUAUUUGUAUAAAGUAUAUUAACACGUUUUGAUGUAAUGCUGAAGAUGGAGAAACGUUGCAUAAUGGUUGAUAAUGUAAUUAAUGCAAGUAAGAAAUAUUAAAAAUAGGUACGCGACGCGUACAUGUGCCUACCAAAAUUAUUGACUUUAAUAUUUGUCAGGUUUUCAUCAGAUGAUCAGUUGUUAAUAUAGUUUUCCAGCUAACCCGGUUGGUUACUCAGAGUAGUAUCAUCACAAUAUUAAUUUCAUAUAUAUACCUGAGUCUUAU